ACACACACACACACACACACUGUGACUGAACGGGUUCCUGUUGAUCUCACAGAGCUCAUGGCUGUCUCUGGCUGCAGCAAACACAGACGUACACAGCAGUCCAACAAGAACCUUACUGGGUACAGGAUUCUAACUUUGAAUUAAUUAUCUUUUUUWUAUAUUUACCUUGUCCAAAAGCUUUGUUCAGACUGUGUAGCACAGAGGUGGGAUGAAGACUUUGGAACACAUAAUUGUCUUUCUGCUGAUUUUGGCCACUUCAGCUUACAGCACACAGAAAGCACCUCGCAUCAUCACCUUAUUAGAAACAGUGGAUGUCCUACUGGAUCACAAUGCAACUUUCAUCUGUGAGGUUGAGUCACAACCGUCAGCCGAUAUCAUCUGGACCAAAAAUAACCACCCAAUCAUGUACUAUGACACUCGGUAUCUUACCAGAGAGCAGGGCCAGAUGCUGAUUAUCCCUCAAGUGAAAGAGACAGAUAAUGGAGAGUACUGCUGUAUCGCCAGUAACGGUGUUGGAGAGCCUGCAAAGAGUUGUGGAGCUCUUCAGCUGAAGAUGAAACCUCAGAUCAAGCGGCAUCCGACAAACGUUACCCUUCUGGUAGAGUCUAAGGCCGUGCUGCCGUGCGUUACCCUCGGCUACCCCAAACCAGACAUCACCUGGCUCAAAGAUGAUGAGCUUAUCAAGGUCAACGAUCGUGUUACCAUUCUUGACUAYGGGGCGUUGAAAAUCCACAACAUACAGAAAGAAGAUGCAGGGCAGUACCGCUGCGUGGCCAGGAACAGCUUCGGUUUAGCCUUUUCAAAGCCCGUCAUCAUUGAGAUACAGGCUCCAGCACGAAUCCUUCGGGUUCCGAAAGAGAAGAGAGCAGAGUAUGGCAGUCAGAUCUCCUUGGACUGUAAUGCCACAGGAAAUCCAAUCCCCACCAUCACCUGGCUGGAAAAUGGGAACACCAUCUCAGGUGCUUCAGUGGAUGAGACUAUAGUGGGAGAAGUAAUCCUGUCUGUUCUCAAAGUGACAGUGAAGAAACCAGUGUUGUAUACAUGCGUGGCCUCAAAUAAACACAGCGCUGGAGCCAACACUGUCAAAGCAAGCGCAAGAGUUACAGUUGCAGAGUGGAGACUCUACAAAGGCGUGACAGGUUAUUGCAGUGCUUAUCGAGGAGAUGUUUGCCGCACGAUCCUGCGAGAUGAUACUCUCGUUUUCUUCAACGCCUCUCUCUCGGACCCCGAGAACAUGCAAGAGUAUCUGGUUCAGAGCUGGUGGGUGGAGCUGGAAAGGCUCAGCGGGUUGUGUAGCCCUGCUGCGCGCUCUCUGCUGUGCCACUCAUCCUUCCCUGACUGCAAUCCGUCGGGUUUAGGACCUGCCCCCAAACCAGUCUGCAGAGAACACUGCCUGGCAGUGAAGGAGCUGUACUGCCAUAAGGAGUGGCUGGUACUGGAGGGUACCGGGUCAGUUCAGGCUGGACUCUUAAAUCCCAUCACUGGAUUCCACACUUCCAAUUCACUGCUGCCCAACUGUCAGACCCUACCCAGUGUUCACACAGACACUAAUGCUUGUACAUACAUUCCUUUUGUAGAGUUAAAAAAGGAUCAGAUAACAACAUCGUGUUACAAUGAUCGCGGUCGAUUCUAUCAAGGCAGUGUGAAUGUGACGAGGUCUGGGAUCCCUUGUCAACACUGGUMUCAGCAGGUACCCCACCAGCAUCGCCUCUCUGUGGACGUCAUUCCAGAGUUGAUGGACUCAGAGAACCACUGCAGGAACCCCGGAGGAAUCAGUGAGAAGCCAUGGUGUUACACCACAGAUCUGAACAUUCGCUGGGAGUAYUGUGCUGUGCCUCAGUGUGGGAAAGCGAGCUUGACAUCAGUGUUGACACCAGCGUUGACAGUCCUACAUCCGAAUCCUCGUCAGCCUCCAACAACCACUGURUCGUCACCUGCCUACUCAAUGUCCGUCAUCAUUGUUGUCCUGACCKCAAUGGCAACUGCAGUCUUCCUCACAAUAAGCAUUCUUUGUUGCAUCAAACGGCGGAAGCAGUGGAGAAACAGGAAAAGAAGAGCGAUGAGGACACCAACGCUGAGUGCUCUUCCGUCAGAGCUCCUGCUGGAUCGACUCCACCCAAACCCCAUGUACCAGAGAGUCCCCCUGCUGCUGAACUCAAAGCUACUGGCUCUGGAGUACCCCCGGAAUAAUAUUCAGUACGUCAGAGAUAUUGGUGAAGGAGCUUUUGGAAGGGUUUUCCAAGCCAGAGCUCCRGGCCUGCUGUCCACAGAAUCGUUCACCAUGGUGGCCGUGAAGAUGCUGAAGGAGGAAGCAUCGGCUGAUAUGCAGAAUGACUUUCAGAGAGAGGCGGCGCUCAUGGCUGAAUUUGACCAUCCAAACAUCGUUCGACUCCUUGGUGUGUGUGCUGUGGGGAAGCCCAUGUGUCUGUUGUUUGAGUACAUGGCCCAGGGCGAUCUCAACGAAUUCCUGCGUCGCCAAUCCCCCACCCAGUCAUUGCGCCCCAUCAGCCGCGUGAGCAUCUCGGUUCGAAGCUUCUCCUCGGACUCGGAAACGGCAUCCCUGUCCUGUGCUGAACAGCUUUCCAUUUCCAAGCAGAUCGCUGCAGGGAUGGCUUACCUUUCGGAGCGUAAGUUUGUUCAUCGCGACCUGGCAACCCGUAACUGUCUGGUUGGAGAGGAAAUGGUUGUGAAGAUUGCAGAUUUUGGCCUCUCUAGAAAUAUCUACUCAGCUGAUUACUACAAAGCCAAUGAAAACGAUGCCAUCCCCAUUCGCUGGAUGCCUCCAGAGUCCAUCUUCUACAAUCGCUACACCACAGAAUCGGAUGUGUGGGCUUACGGUGUGGUCUUAUGGGAGAUUUUCUCACACGGCAUGCAGCCAUAUUAUGGAAUGGGUCACGAGGAGGUUAUUUACUAUGUGAGGAAUGGACAAAUUCUUUCUUGUCCUGAGAACUGUCCUCUGGAGCUGUACAACCUGAUGAGACUUUGCUGGAGCACACUCCCAUCAGAUAGACCAAGCUUCAGCAGUAUACAUCGAAUAUUGGAGCGGAUGCAUCAGAACAGCCUGAACACAAACACAGAUACUGAGGCUGACUGCUAACUUUCACUCUGUUUGUUGUGCAGAAAAAAGUAGUAAAAAAUGAAUGACUGUACAAAAGCACAUUUUAAAUAGAAUCAUUUUUUUUAGUCUACGGCAGGGG